CCGCGCCCAAUUCGGUUUAUCAGAAUUUUGGAGAAGCCGAUCAAUCUCACCGCUCCAUCGACUUUUCUUGAAUACAUGCAUAGAGCCUGGCAUUCUUGACGAUAUUUACCACUCUACCAAUAUAUUGCCCUCAAUCACCACUUGCGCCGACAUCCUCUCGGUUCUCAGCUAUAUUACUCUCACACGAAUCUAGCCGCCCUUCAAAAUCGGGGCCUAAAUUUCGUCAUCACUUGACGGUUAUUCAUAUCUUUUCCGUCGAGUAUCAGCUACGUCCGUGGACACAACCCCCCCGGAUCGCAAUCGACUCAGUGUCAGUAAUAAGAAUUAUACCGACAUCAAAGAUCCUUGGCGAAAGCAAUCAUGGCCUUCCAUCAAAGCUUCUCUUCGGAAAACCGCACUUCCUCCGCUCCUUCCUCCGGCACCCAGACGCCCGUCCACACCUCUCAUAGCCCAUCCAUGUCCUCCUCGAUGAUUUCGUCCAUGUGGACCGGCCUCGUACGACACUUCACCAUCGACGGUUCUGGUGACAUGUCCCCCAGUCGCCAACCACCUCCAAGUCGCAGCCGCGGUGGUUCCGGUGGUCCUCCGCACCUAGCCCACAGUUCCACUGAGCCGACGCACCAGAAGGCCAAAGACGGCAUAAAUGAUGUCUUCGUCCCAAGUCACCUUCGUCGCACCGCCAGCCCUUUCCGCCCGCCUCCACUCGACCCCAUUCUCCUUCAUGGCUACAAGGAGAGCACUUCACCUAGUGCUCGUCUACUCACAACCAACGUGGCAGAAGAGAUUCGCAUCAUGCUACCUGAGCGCCUGCGCAUCGUCGAGGACUGGAAGCUCAUAUACAGCCUCGAGCAAGACGGCGCGAGCUUGAACACGCUGUAUCAGAAAGCAGCCAUGGUCCAUGGCCAACGGGUGGGAUUCGUGCUCGUUGUAAGAGACGAAGCUGGCGGGACUUUCGGUGGCUAUCUCUCCGAGUAUCCUCGUCCCACCCCCGGCUACUUCGGUAACGGCGAAUGUUUCCUUUGGCGUGUGUCCACUCUGGCCGGCCUCCCGCCCCCUCCUUCGGCCGAUACAACAAACAUCAACAUCUCGCGCUCGACCACGAUAUCGAAUCCUACCCCCUCUACCGUCGCGAAUACCGAAUCCUCACAAACUUCUGCGCCUCCCGACCUCCUGACCGACGCUCCGUCCGGGGCCCCGACAGAAGCAGCCUCGCAGUAUGCCGGGAUGCUGGUCUCGCCGGCAGAGGGCCCGAAGCGCGCGGUCUCCUCGGCCGUCUCCGAAUCCCUCCGCUUCAAAGCCUUCCCUUACUCCGGCGUAAACGAAUACUACAUCAACUGCGAAACCGGCUUCCUGAGCAUGGGUGCUGGAGACGGGCACUAUGGCCUGUGGCUUGACGACUCCCUAUACCGCGGCCGCAGCGGCCGCAGUCAGACGUUCGGAAACGAGCCGCUGAGUGACGAGGGAGAAAAGUUCGGGAUCCUUGGUGUUGAGCUUUGGGUUCUCGGGGCGAUUUGAUUUAUUGUCGUCGUCUUCAACUCUACCACCCCCCCAGAUGAAAGGAAACCCCUCUCCGAAACGCCCAAUUUA